AUGGUGCUUCACGUCAAAUUUUAUGUCAAUUUAUCUUACACUUUAGAUUUAAACAUCGAGAUUGCUUCAAGAAUAAACGACGAAAUUCGAUACGCUUUGGACCCCAAAGAAUUGGAAUCCUUUGCUCGUCAAAUUGCUACUGGAAUGGUAAGUUGCUUCCACUUGUAAAUUGUCUAAAACCAAUGCAGCAUUUAAAAAAAAAUUCCUGAAACAAUAUCAACAUGUUUGUUGUCCGUAAUGGUUUAAGUCUAUAAUCAAAUAAUCCAUAACCCUUAUAAUAAUUAAAGUGGCACUCGCGUCAAAAUUUGUAUUCUCUUAAACAAAAAACCUCUUCAAACUGUAGAGUAACUUGUUUUGAAGAUUUUUGUUCCCAUGUUUAGUUCUUGCAAGAUAUUUCAUUUUGUUUGUAACCAUGUGGCGUCAUUUACUCAAAUAUAUAUAUCCAUUAUAUCAGUAAUUGUUUGGUAUCUUUUCUAUUUUUGAUGGAUUUGUUUAAAAAAAGGUAAACGCUUAAUGACGUAUGUUAAAAUAACAAACACGCCGUAUCUUUGGAAAGAUUUUGAUAAAAUAGCAAAGAUACAAAACAACUACUGAUAUCCCAUUACAUAUGUAAUUGAGUAGAUGACGUCUCAUAGUUACAAACAAAAUGAAAUAUCUCAAGAACUAAGCAUGGGAACAAAAAUCUUCAAAACAAGUUACUAUACAGUUCUAAGAUAACUUUCGUUUGAGAAAAUAAAAAUUUUGACGCGAGAGACAUUUAACACUAAUAUUAAAUGACUUCUGUAUUGGUUCCUGGGCCAAAUUCUUCAAGUCACUCAACAAACUGCUAUUCAAUCAACAAAUCACAGUCGUGUAAUGAUAUGUUAUUUCAUAUUAUUGUUUUAGAAAUAUAUUUCAGGUCUUAGUAUUGUUCACCGUGAUUUGGCAGCAAGGAAUAUAUUACUUGGUGAAGAAAAAGUUUUAAAAAUAUCAGAUUUUGGCUUAUCACGCGAGGGAACGUACAUAAAAAAAUCUAACGGGAAAAUUCCUUUCCGAUGGCUAUCGAUUGAAGCGAUAGAAGAACGAGCUUAUUCCACUGCCAGUGAUGUGUGAGUACACCAAUUAACUAGAAAUAACUGCGUACUGGAACACCUCGCAUUUUAAAUAAAGCAAAUGUAAGUUCAAUUCCCAUACAUAUCAUCAACACAAUGCAUCCUGGCAGAAAAUUGAGAAAAACAAAACACAAAUAUCAUACUUCAACAUCCAUGCAGUUUCGGACAUUGUGUUAUUUUAUGUUGUUUCAACUUGAAGUAUCUAGCUACUGCUACUUCCGGACCGCUGAUAGAAAAGUGAGUAAAGUUUUCACAAAAUACUUUGUAUUUAUCACAAUAUAUAGUAAAGGCAUGAUAUCCCGCUGCCAUCUACAGUGAUUUGUGAGCUGUAUCGCUUAAAGCGACUAAACAUUCUGUUAAAUUAUUUAUAUGGAUAGAAUCUUGCACAUGUAUUUCAGCUUUAAUUAAGCACUUUUAUCUGGAAAAUUUAGUUGGCCUACUCGAAAUAAAAAUAUUUAUUUAAAAUUUUCAAAGAAAAUCGGGUAUUCGAACGAAUAAUCAAUUAAGGAAGGCGUUGCCUGUGUCAAUUAUUCCCCAUAGGUAAUCAGACCGAGUUGUGUAAUUAUCUUAGUAUACACUUUUAUACUAAAAUACAAACUCCAAAUAAAUCAAAUUUAAAACCCGGCAAACAAGCCUCUUGACGAUUUCUUUCUACCUUCGCACAACUCGUUUGCUUUUUUAUUACUAUGGAAAUGUUGCAAUAGUUUAUAAACGUUCGCAUAAAAUGCACACAAUUAAAGCAAUCCUUAUCUAGUGAAUUAAAACAAAUGAAAUACAUGACAAAGUAACUGUGAACGAUACUGUCAUCUGAACUGCAUAUAGGCUGAAUAUGACUUUUGUUGUUUAAAUUUUAUUAGGCGGAAAAGUUAACGUCGAAUUACACAAAAAAAAAACAUUUAAAGGGGUGGGGGAAAGCCUUAAAAUGUUGGUGCGAUAAACAUAAAAUCACGUGCAUUGUGUAGACAUGGGGACAAAGAGAAACAUUAAUUACAAGCAGCUGAAAUUUCAACGAUCUGGUUCUAAUAUGCACAAAUUAAAGUUGUGCACUGCAAUUCCGUUUGUCUUCAUGUCACAUUUUGUCGUACGAUUUAAAUUUGCUCCUUACAAUAAGCAUUUUCAGACCACGUUUUGGUUUUCGACUAAUUCCAACAAAAUUUUGCAAAACAAAGUUCCUCAAUUAAUAUAAAAAAGUGACGUCAUCAUUUAAAAAUAGAAUCAUAAUACGUAAAAGCCAGCCGUUACCAAUUUGUUUAACAUCAUUUGGCUUUUUCGAACUUACAUAUUUUUUAUAUUAACAUAUGCGUCAUUUCUCAUUUGUAGAUGGGCAUUUGGAGUUGUAUUGUGGGAAAUAUGCACGUUAGGUAAGAGCAUUUCCUAUCGACUUCUCGACAACCAUACUCUGUCAACGAAAUUGAAGGCGACAGCUAGAGAAAUAUUUUUUUGUUCGAACAAAUUUCACAACCGUUCAUGCAGAACCAAAAACAAAAACGUUUUGCCGUAAAAGUUUAUACAUAAUAGCCUUUUUUUUCCUCCCGUACUUCCAUUUAUUUAAAUUUUAGAACUUCUCUUGUUGCACGAGGCUACUCAGAUUUAUAUAUUUUAGGCGACACUCCUUAUCCUUCAAUCUCGGACAGGGAUCUCAAAGAUUUCUUACUUUCCGGAAAGAGAUUGGAGAAAGUGGACAGCUGUACGGACAAUGUGUAAGCUUUGAUCACUUUUCCGAGCAGCAACUUGCUAUAUAUACAUACAUAUAUAUAUAUAUAUAUAUAUAUAUAUAUAUAUAUAUAUAUAUAUAUAUAUAUAUAUAUAUAUAUAUAUAUAUAUAUAUAUAUAUAUAUAUAUAUAUAUAUAUAUAUAUAUAUAUAUAUAUAUAUAUAUAUAAUUAAAUUAAAUUUAACACGUGAAAAAGUUUCACAUGAAAUCACAUGUGAAAUUUCACAAAUGAAAAGAUUUCACAUGAAAUCACAUGUGACAUUUCACAUGUGAAAAGAUUUCACAUGAAAUCACAUGUGAGAUUUCACAUCUGAAAAGAUUUCACAUAAAAUAACAUGUGACAUUUCACAUGUGAAAGUAUUUCACAUGAAAUUACAUGUGACAUUUCACAUGUGAAAGGAUUUCACAUGAAAUUACAAGUGAAAUUUCACAUGUGAAAGGAGUUCACAUGAAAUUAUAAUUAACAAGUGAAAUUUCACAUAUGUGAAAAGAUUUCACAUGAACGUUACAAAUUACAAGUGACAAUUCACAUGUGAAAGGAUUUCACAUGAAAUUACAAAUUACAAGUGAAAUUUCACAUACGUGAAAAGAUUUCACAUGAAAUUACAAGUGAAAUUUCACAUGUGAAAAGAUAAGGAUUUCACAUGACAUUACAAAUUACAAAGUGAAAUUUCACAUGUACGUGAAAGGAUUUCACAUGAAAUUACGACUGAAGUUUCACAUGUGAAACUGGAUUUCACAUGAAAUUACAAAUUACAUGUACAAUUGAAAUUUCACAUAUGUGAAAAGAUUUCACAUGAAAUUACAAGUGAAAUUUCACAUGUGAAAAGAUAAGGAUUUCACAUGUCAUUACAAAUUACAAACUGAAAUUUCACAUGUACGUGAAGGGAUAUUUCACAUGAAAUUUCGACAGAAAUUUAACAUGUGAAAGGUUUCGCAAGAAAUUACAAGUUACAAUGAAAUUUCACAUGCGAAAGGAUUUCACAUGAAAUUGGGGGGAGGAGAAAAUUUGAGGGACAAACUCAUAUUUUUUGGGGGGCAAGAUAGAAUUGUUAAAUAGGUAGUGCUAUUUACCCAUGCUGUUAUCAUAGGACUUCCCCCCUCGAGGAGAUUGAUCACUCCCCCCCCAUAGGAAUAUCGCCCCUCUUUAGGAUAUUCGCCCCCCCCCAUAUAUGCGAUGUGGUUUAUUCAAAUUUCGUGAUACGUUCAUCUUAUUAGUGCCUUACACGUUUGAGAAUUUAAUUCUGCAAAACUAAAGCUUUUUUUGUCUUUUUUGAAACGUAUUAUUGGAGUAUUUGCAAGUUUUACCAUUCAGAGAUUUACAAACUAAUAUUGAAACUGUAAAAACAGUAUUAUACGCGCAUUCACUAAUGACUAAUGAGUAAUGAGAACUUAUAAACCAUACAUUAUCCGAUAACGACAAAACGCUUGUGUAGCCUUUAGUCGCUCUCAGUGUCUAAUAAUUUUUUUUGAGAGAGGGGGGGGGGCAAAAUCGGGAGGAGGCAAAUAUAAUGGGGGGCAUCCACCCUUGCCCCCUCCCCCCUAGCGCCGCCACUGAUUACAAGUGAAAUUUCACAUGUGAAAGAUUUCACAUGAAAUUACAAGUGAAAUUUCACAUGAGAAAUGAUUUUAUAUAAAAGUAAAAAAGUGAAAUUUCACAUGUGAAAUAUUUCACAUGAAGUAAAAAGUGAAAUUUCAUAUGUGAAAGGAUUUCACAUGAAGUAAAAGUGAAAUUUCACAUAAAAUCAUGCACUGCAAAACAUCAAAAAGUAGUCUAGAAUAAUAUUCUUAUUUUUUAGAUUAUUUUUCUUAUCUUAAUUAAGUAAUUAUUUCUUAAUAUCAAGCAAUAUUUCAAGAAAAAAAUCUCAUUUUGAGAACAGGGCAACAAUUGGAAUAUUCGAGAAAUUUUUUCUUAUUUUAAGAAUAACAUUUGUCCAACCUAGAAUAAUAUUCUUAUAAUCAGAAAAAAAUUUGAAAUGAAGUUUAAUACUACUUCAAAUCCUUUGUAAAAUCGCAUAGUAAAGCUAGGGAGCGCUUUUUGGCGUAUCUAUUUUAGAAGACAAGUGCCACGCGCGCAAUGAGUUGUGGGAUAUCGCGUAUCAAGUGUUGAGUGUGAUUUGCAAAUUUUCGAUUUUUUCGUUUGGAUAUAUUUCGCUCAAGAAAAGCUAUAUUUCGCUGAAGAAAAGCUAUAUUUCGAUUGGAUAUGUGACUCUAAGUCCUGCUAAAGGCUUAUUGAUCUCAGGUAUGUAUUAUUACUCUUUUUAUCACAUAAUUAUAACGUCCAUCGACCCUAUUUAUAUUUCAUUUUAUCUUGUGGCUAGCCUGACCUGAACAUGUGGCUGUUAAUAAAAUUUGAAUUUGCGCGCGCGAGAUUUGAUAUAUUGAAAUGAUUUCAUUUCAGUGCCGCCAGAUAAAACCAACAAUUCAAAUUUUGAAUAAGCACAUAUUAAAUACUGGGUUGCACUUUGACAAAACUCGAGAAAGCAUCUUUGAACCCGCACAGUAUUAUUUUAUAGAAACAAUAUGUUAAAAUAUGUGAAUAUGAAUAUAAAUAUGGGUUUGCUACAAGCUUAUUUAAGCCUCUCCCCUGGAUUUCCAAGGCCUUUCAAGUCAUUGAGUGCCAAGCUCUUUCCCCUUGGCAAGUAAAAUCACCUAGGCAUUAACUCUGCCUAGGGUCACUGGCCGGGUUAGACAGAGUAAAAUUAGUGGUGUUUACACUACAAACCUUGGCCUAGCGUUGGCCAGGCACUAUUUUUUUGAGACAGGCUCACUUUGUCCGCUGGUUGUCAGCUAAUCUUUUGUGCUGUGGACACACAUUGCCAUGAAAAUGAGGCCCCGGCCAGGGCCGAAAGUGUUUAUAUUUCCACAAGCCUCUGAGGCUUAGACCAGGUCUGUUACAAGUAGUGAGCCCAGAUUUCCUGGCCUAGGUCAGGGCAAGGCUAGGCCAUUUCCACAAGCCUAGGCCAAGGAUGGUAGUGUAAACACGACUAUUGAUUGCAUCAGGGCGCAUUACGACUAAGUGGUUAGUGUUUCCCACAAUAUGGUAAAAAAGUAUAAACUUUUGCUAGCUUGAGCUUGAAGGAUUUCAAAGCUAAACCCUUCUAGAGUUUACCCUGUAUAUAUGUGCCUGUUUAUAUGAUAAUGGCAUGACUGGACAGUAGGUUUUAAUCCAGGAUGGUGUGUUUAAUAUAGACGGAAUACACCCCACCUGGCAGGGAUGAUAGAGUACUUAUAUGAGAGUUUCUUGUCCUGGCAGGUGGGAUCCUGUCUAGGCCAGAUAGAAUAUUUAAUUCACUUUAAUUACUAAAUAGUUGAUAGAGUUCAUAUUGCAUGCUGGAUCAUGCCGGCGGUGUCAUAAUAUUUACAAAGUAGCUACAGUAUGAUGCUUGUGAUGUUACUCUGAGUGUAUAUCCACACCGGCCAAGCUUGAAAAAUAUGUCUGGCCACAGUGGGAAUCGAACCUGCAACCUUUGGAAUACUAAUUAGUCCAAUGCUCUGCCUACUGACUUACUGAGCUAUGUGGUCAGAUCGGUUCUAAUAUGUGAAAUUUCGGAACAGAAUCUAGUUCCUUCGAUAUCAAAUUAAUGUAAUCGAAGGAACUAGAAAAAUCAUUAUUGAUUAUUAGAUUACAUUGAUAUCGAAGGAACUAUAGAUUCUGUUCUGAAAUAUCCCAUAUUCAAACCAAUCUGACCGCGUAGCUCAGUGGCAGAGCAUUGGGCUAGUAUUCCAAAAGUCGCAGGUUCUAUUCCCACCGUGGUCAGGCAUAUUUUUAAAAUUAAUUAAGCUUGCCUGGUGUGGAUAAUUAUACACUCAGAGUAACAUCACAAGCAUCAUAUGAAUUCCUUAGUACAUUACACCAACAUAGAAAAAUCAUUACUGGCUACAGUAUAUCUAACCUUAAACAGACUUUGUCAGGCUAUUAUAAUUUACAGGCGAACAGCACUCUUAUGUACUAAACCAGCACUAUAAAAUUUAUUGUUUAUGAGGGAUUUCAGCAAGCUCAAAAAUAGAUCAGAAGGUUAGGCAGAUGGCUGCUGUGCUGUAGUCAGUGGUUCUAACCCGAGUUGGGACAGGAUUUUGUUCACCUUAACUAAACAUGUCUUUUUUUCUGAUUAGUUUUAUUUUUUAGGGGUCUAGAGGUUAGAGUUAGUUUUCUUUGAAUUUGACUUUAACUAUAAAUAUAACCUGUGUGGAGACUAAGAAUGAGAGUGCCAUAAAUAUAGCCUGGUGAAGUUUGUUUACAGGCCUGAAAAUAUAGCCACUUUGUAAUAAUUAUUUAAAAAAGCAAUUUAAUUAUAAUUAAAUGGAUCAAAUGAUUGGAUAAUUACUACAGACUUUAUAAAAACAGUCUAAGCUUACAACAGCAUAAAACUAGUAUUCUUUUUACAUGUGCAUCCAAAGCUAGAUUGAAUUAACAUAUAAAUAACCAUUAAUUACAAGAGUAUGCACCAGCGUACUUGAUGAUCCACUUAGCCUUGAGAGUAAAAUGGUCUGCCAUUAGACAGAGUACAAUAAUCUGGCAUUUAAAAGACAGUAAAAUAAGGAAGUAGGACACACAAGUGUACAAUACAACUUAAUGGGUUCACUAGACACAUGGCCAUAUUAACCAUUUAAUUAACCACCAAAACAGGAAUACUUCUCAAGAAGUUUGGAGGCCAUUAAGAUGGGGUGUUAACUGGAUAUUACACUUACACUAGGCUGGACAUGCAUAAGCUGCAUUGUGCCACAACUGUAUUGUUUUACUCUCUCCGAUGGUUAGUUCCAGAAAAGAUCCACUCUCCCCUAUGCACAGAGGAAAUUUCUACCAUCUGGAGGGUAGGGGAGAAGAAUUGUUUCUGAUAAUAGUAAAUGUAUUAGGACAUUCGAAUUUCGAAGGGAAUAGGAGGUUACAGUAACUUCCAAUUUCCUUCAUGGGGGAGGUAUCGAUGUUCUCUGGAAUGACCCAAUGUCAGAUGAUUUUACUUGUCAGUGAUAUCACUCAGUGGGUUACUGAAACAAGUAGCACUCCUCUCCAAUGUAACUAAGGGUAAAUCAUAAUCUUAUGAAUCUAUUUAAUGUUUUCUGAAAUGAGCCAAUAGCACAUUAAAUCACAAAUACCAACAACCAGUAGCAGAUACCUCGCAAAAUAUUGGGGGCGCUGUUGAGAUGUCUGUUAACAAAUCCUAUCUAGUGCAUAUUUCUCUUGUUAACCCAUUCAUUGGCAAUAUGCUCUACUUUAUAUUACUCUGUCUAAUGCCAGCAAAUUUUAGAGUUUUACUUGUCGAGAAGAUAGCCUUGCAGCAGUUUCCAAUUUGCCACACAGAGAAUACAUUACUGGGGACGAUUCGGGGUAAAAGCCAUAUGAACCAAGGGUUAUCAAUUAUGAUAAUACUAGAACCAACUUCAACCAAAGGUUGGGUUGUGCUACUACAUUAGGCCUUCCUAUUCGUAAUAAUGUGCAAAGUUUAUAGGUUGGACAGGAGGGAAUUGCUCAUAUUGCUGCAUGCGAACUGUGAACUUGUGCUAUAUACUGGAAUGUUAACUGACUGGAGUUACAGUACAUGAAAUAUGUAGAGCUAACAAUAGUCUUGUAUUUCCUUUCUUAUAGCUCAUUUGACUUAACGUUUUGCGGGAGCAACAGCUUCAUCAGUGAAAGCUGGCAUGGCCCAAAAGCGCAAAGACAAAAGAAAUGCUGAUACGAAAAGAAGAAAUAUUGCAGAAGACAUUUGAACUGCUAAGUUUUUUCUUUAUUAUAAAUUAUUUUGUAUGGUAGCUAAACAUUUGUAGAAAUUAACUGUAUUUAAUAAAUUAUUUCUUCCUAUAUAUACCAUUACAGUAUCUCACUGUUUGACAGGUUUAAAUGUGCAUGAUUGAAGCUUUGCAUAAUUUCACAUGUGAAACUGGAACAUGUGAUAUUUCACAUGUGUAUUUGGAAGAUGUGAUAUCUUGCAUGUGAAGUUUCACAUGUCAACACGUGUGAAAUUUCACAUGUGAAUUUGGAACAUGUGAAUUUGGAACAUGUGACUUUUCACAUGUGAACACAUGUGAAAUUAUGUGUUUCACAUGUGAAGUUUCACAUGAGAAAUUUCACAUGUGAAUUUGGAACAUGUGAAUUUGGAACAUGUGACUUUUCACAUGUGAACACAUGUGAAAUUAUGUGUUUCACAUGUGAAGUUUCACAUGUGAAAUUUCACAUGUGAAUUUGGAACAUGUGAAUUUGGAACAUGUGAUUUUUCACAUGUGAACACAUGUGAAAUUAUGUGUUUCACAUGUGAAAUUUCACAUGUGAAGUUUCACAUGUGAAUUUGGAACAUGUGAAACAUAAUUUCACAUGUGAAAUUUCACAUGUGAAAUCAUGUGGAAUUUUUGUAAAGGUAUAUAUAUAUAAAAGUAUAUAUAUAUAUAUAUAUAUAUAUAUAUAUAUAUAUAUAUAUAUAUAUAUAUAUAUAUAUAUAUAUAUAUAUAUAUAUAUAUAUAUAUAUAUAAAUAUAUAUAUAUAUAUAUAUAUAUAUAUAUAUAUAUAUAUAUACAUAUACAUACAUAUAUAUAUAUAUAUAUAUAUAUAUAUAUAUAUAUAUAUAUAUAUAUAUAUAUAUAUAUAUAUAUAUAUAUAUAUAUAUAUAUAUAUAUAUAUAUAUAUAUAUAUAUAUAUAUUCAUUCAAUCGUUGCAUGAUUGCAACUUUAGAUCACCCAUGAUGAAGGCACUAGGUUGGAGUAUCGACUGGGCUUUGUAAUAAUUUAUUUAAACGAGAGUAGCGAGCGAAAGCAUGAUUGAAUUUAAUAUUUUUCAUUUGAGCGGAAAUCUACUUUUAUUUCAGAAUUUUAGGUGUACACUUCGCUAAUUAAAAUGUAGUAAUCCCUAGUUAAUUUCAGUAAUAUUAUCAAUUUAUUCACUUUCUUUUUAAUGUAAGACUUUUAAAUGGAACCGUCAAAGUAAUAAUUAGACUUACUUCAUUGCUUUAGAUAUGAGAUAAUGGUAAGGUGUUGGAGUCAUCUUCCAAAAGACAGACCUACAUUUGCUGCACUAUCAGAUAAAUUGUGGGAUCUUGAGCAUAAUGAAAAUACCUAUGUCAAUGUAGAUAGUUUAAUGCGCCAAUCUAUCGAAUGCGAAGGUAUGUAGAGCUUGAGUGGAACGCUUCAUCAUGAUCAACAAACGAUGCGGUUAUUUUUCAAUACAAACGCUUUCCACGCGCUGCAUAUAUUAUGAGCACUGGGAGCCCUAAUAUUUCCUAUCUAUAAAAUAUCAAUAAAUAUGAAUACAAAGUUGCUGCAAAUAUAUCCAUAGAUCAUGCAGUUGUACGAAAGCAGUCAGUGCAGAAACACGCGAGGAGAGUAUUAUGCAUAUAGUUAUAGCCUAUGAAAGCGGUCAGUGUAUAAAACACGCGAUUCGAAAUAUCACUCGAUUUGCGAGGGAAAAUGCUAGGAGAGAGGACAGGGUUGAAACUGCGCUGCUUUUCUCAUUUGCUAUACGGUAUAAGUUCGAUAAGUUUCUUCCCCAACAUUUUGUCAACAGAAACGAUCGGAUUGCAAGCCGAUCAACCACCGUUUUUUCAAAACUGUUUGAUAACAGUGUUUUACGUUUUAAAAUAAGUCAUUUGAGUAUGUACACUUACAUCCCUGAAAUUUCCAACCGCAUUAAUAUUUUGGUUGGAAGUCAUCUCCAUGCAAGUUAUGGAACAAAUAGACUGUAAUAUGUGAGCUGGAAUAUCUUUAAUUAUUAUUUACACAAGGUCCGGAUAUGAGGUAUUCUGCAAUCAGAUUGAUUCUCUACUAGCAGGAUAUUAGCUCGUAUCCUGCUAGUAGAGAAAAACAAAAUGGCGGCUCAAACUGAAUUUCCGACGUUUUGAAAACGAGAAAACAUGCCAAUGACAAUGUAAACAUUUAUUUGCUAAGUUUGUCAUUUGAAUUAUCAUUUGUUUUUGGGCUUAAUAGUUUAAUACGCAUUCAAAUGUUAUUGUGCAGCAGGAAAUUUCGCUGCUAAGCAAUGGUAAUAAGCUUCAGAAAACAACAAAAGAUGGACAAUGACACUUAAAGAAGUGCCUGUUGCAAAAAGUUGACCCGCUAGUAUCCGUCAAAAAGAGUGUACAAAAUACAUAUGUUGUGACAUGUACAAUACAGAAACAUAUUAUCAUUAUCAUUAUAUUAUGACGACAAUUACAUUAUUUGAGUGUGAUUUGGUGAAAGAUUUUUACAGUUUUUCUAAAUUAUUGGGGGUUGAUUCAUAGUCGGGGUUUUAGAUAAUGGGACCAAUCGCCCACUGAAAAAAUUCACUUAAAAUUUUGUAAAACUUAUCUUGGCGUAAAUCGCAAGGCAACUAACAUAGCUUGCUGAGGUGAAUUGGGUAAAUAUCCACUUCUACUCCCCAUAUUAAAGAGACUAAUGAAAUACAUUAUCCAUAUUAACUCUCUCCCUGAUGCCUCUUUAGCAAAACAAGCUUUUCUUAUAUCCAAAGAUCUUUAUCUAAAUAACAAAUCAAGCUUUUACUCCAACGCAAUACACAUACUUAAGACCUAUACAGUACAAACAAAUGGUCUGAAUUAGCUAGAACUCUUAAGUAACUCGCAUAUACAAUCUUGUCUAGAUAUUGCCAAAAGCAAAAACACGACAUUCUGGCAACACAACUUGAAUAACUCAUCCAAGCUAUCUUUCUACAGCUCGUUUAAAAACGAAUACAAAUUAGAAGAUUACCUCAUAGCAAUAAAAAACAACCGCAACGAACAACACUUAGCAAAUUUCGUAAAAGCUGCCAUAAACUACGCAUUGAAUGUGGUCGCUAUCAAAACAUUACUCGUGAGGAAAGAAUUUGCGAAUUUUGCGAAUCUGGGGAAAUUGAAGACGAUUACCAUUUCGUCCUUUCAUGUAAAAAUAAUGCUCAAAUUAGAAAUAUUUUUAUUUAAAAAAUACAGAGAAAUUUUGCGUUGAACCUAGAAUGCCAUGAUGAUGGUUUAUUCUUCAUGUCAUCUAGUGAUUCUAUACUACAGAAUGAAUUUUCAAAAUUCAUUCAUAGUUGUUUCAUAAGACGAAAUGAAUGCAUUGAAGCCAGAAACUCUUGAAACACUACAACAUCACGAACAGUGAUAACGGUGAUAUAUCUUCAAUACACUAGCCUAUAUAUAAUUCAAAAAUUGUAAAUAGAAAAAACUUUUUUUUUUAUAUAUCCUUAACUGUUAUUCUAAAAAAUGCCUUAGCAAUACCUGUAAUUUUUUGGGGGUCGUGCUAAUAAAGCUCAUUUAAAGUAAAGACUCGAGUUCGUAGAAUAACUGUUAAAUAUUCACCUAUAUCUCAUGCAGUUUUAUCAGUACUUAUACCAAAAGAUGCAAUUUCGGAAUCGCAUAUAUUUUUUUGAAAUAGAACAGCAAAAGUUCGGAGUUCCGACACCUUUCCUCUCUCCUAAGUUUCCUCUUGCGUGCCCUUCUCGCAUCGCGUGUUUUCUACACAGACUGCUUUGAUAUAUCAGUAUGAAGAUUAUGUAUGGGUUAGGGUUUGAUUAUGUUUGUUCUGAUAUUAAUUGAUAUUUUACACAGAACAUAGUCGGGCUUGAUAUGAACAGCAGGAAAUAAAAAUAUAGGUGAAAGAAAUUCUAGGUCAUUAUUUCAAAUUCUGAUUACAGCGGUUCGUUGCAAGUUGUCUUCCAUGCAGAUAUCGUCCACAUGCUCAAAUUAAGUUUCUGGAAUUACGUACAAUAUAGAGCUGUAAAUUUAAACGAUUUUUUCUGGCCAAAAGUUCACUUACUGCAAUAAUCAUUUUGUUUACUUUAGAUUAUGAAGAAGAUGAUGAACAAUUAAACCAGGUAAAUUAAAGCUAUAUCAUAGCAACACGACCGGAUAGUAUACGAAUUCAAACGCCACGAAUAUAUAACAACGUUAAAUAUACUUAUAUUUCAAUUCAUCUCGUACCCACAGCCAACGUUGAGUGGCUUUCGCCACACCAGUUUGGAUAUGAGCUUGAUUGGUCAAUCCAUGACCCAUAAUUCCUGUGGCGUUCAAUAUGAGUGAAUAGAUUCACGCGAGACCAAUAUGAAUGAAUACAUUCACGCCUUUGCGGAUAAUUCGACAGUGGAACGUGCAGAAACAGUAACGAAAUUUCCAAUCAAGCUGUUUCACAUUUAUUUUGAGUAAUCAGAGGAACAAACAUGACAUGUAGACAUAGCCAUAACCCGUCCAGUUUAAUUCUCCAUGAGUCCAGGUGGUGAUUGUCAAUAAAAUGUGCACCUAGUACUGAUUCUGACAAUCCAUCCACAACUAAAAACAUUCAUAUAGUUUCUAGUUCCUCAGAUUUUAGUUGGACCUCUACCUUCCCUUUUACUGUGAUGGGUUAAUGAAUGAAUGAAUGAAUGACAUUGGUCGUCAUGAGACUGCAACAAAAUUAACACCUAACUCUAUAAUCACAUAUUUCUCAACCUUAGUUGUUAAACUAAUCCAUUUCCGACUUUCUCUUGAGGAAAAUAACGACUUUGGCGAUGGCUGCGAUGAACAGUUAUUCUGGAAUGGCAUCACAACCAACAAAGUGUCAAAUGACAUGGUUUUUGGAGGCAUUAUAGAGGGUUUGAAUGCAAAUGCCCAGCAGGAGCAGUCGGUUUGAGAUAAUGUAGAAAAAUGUUGAGGUAAAUACGUAGAAAAACGUGCCUGGGGCCGGUUGUAUAAAAACGUUAUUAAAGUUAGUUGCAAUUUGUAUGGGUUAACUACCGUUGUUAGCAUAGGUAAUAGGAUGGUUUCUAGUACGUGCAAUUUGGAAAAAAAAAACAUGCAAGACUGAGUUUCUCAAAGAGCAUCAAAACAGCGCGAGUCCGAAGGACGAAAGUUGUUUUUGAGGUCUUUGAAAAACUCACCAGUGCCUGGUUCAUCCAAAUUCCACGAAAAACUAUCCUAUUAUAUUUUAAAUUAAUAAUAUACAUAAAAAACUUUUGUUUUAACGUAAGUUUAUCGUGAACCGUCCACUGGCAACAUUUUUCGGGCUUUGUUAUAUGACAUUAUACAACGCUAACAGCAUGAAAAUUCCAGUCAACUAUAUGUAUGUUUUGUUAGUCUUGUUUUACAUGGACAGAAAUUCAGGACAUGCGCCCGCAAAAUAUCUCAGCGGUUUUUCUUAUGAAAAGUUAUUCAUCCCUAACAAACGCACGUUUUAACUAAAAACUACAUUUUGCUUAGUUUUUUGUUUAACUAAAGCAGAAAAAUAGAUAUAUAUAUUAGGUAUUGUCGGCCUUUUACAUACCUUUCAUUUAUUAUGAUGGGAUAUAAAGUGAUGCGCAUGGUAAACGACUCAAAUAUUUUGUGUAUAUUUCGCUAUCCCUCCGUGUAGCCCACACUGGAAGAAAGCGUGGUUCCUAAGCUUCUUGUUGAUAUCAAACAUGGACGACAAUUCAUGAAACGUCGUUCUUCUUGCAAUGCUUUACGGCCUAUGGACAGGGUAUUAUGGGUAAAAUAUCAACAUUUUGUCCCGUAAAUUGGAACAAGUUAAAAAAUUCGUAUAACUAUAAAAUUAUGCAGACAAGCAGGAGACAACCUUUAUUUUACGACGCAAUAUCUGCAAAUUUCAUGAAGCGUUCGAGGGAUAAUGCGGCGCGAGCAAAUGUACGUUUUCAACGAUUUUCUCAAGUUUUACUAUACUUUAUUAUACGCCGAUGUACUAUAAAGUGAACUUGAAUAAUGGAACAAGUUAUAGGUAAGAUUUCGAUGCGAAACUUUUCUGUUUUACGGCCCAGAUAUAAUUUUUAUUAUUGCGAAGUCUGCAAAUGACAUAGCCAUUAUCAGACAAGUUUAAAUUUAAAAAAACCGCGCCGCUCCUAAUGAUUUAUAUAUAACAAAUCCGCCAUUUUGUUUGUCAAAGUUCGCACAUGCUCAGAAUCCAUGUCCGCAAUUUCUGGCCAUGGGUAAAGGCUUUUCCAUUAAAAAAAUAAUAAAAGCCAUACUUUCCAACCGAAUUCAACCUUUAUAUAUAGCGGCGUCAUGUUUGUUUUGUUUUAAAGCAAAGUGUGACAGUUACUUGAGAACUGCAUGCUCUAAACUGAUUGGUUGAUGUUGCGAUGUGCACACCGGGCAAGCUGAAAAGUUAGCUUCUCUACGCUGGGAAUCGAACGCGCGAUUUUUGGAAUACUAGGUCGCGGGUUCGACUCCCAUCAUGGCCAAGUUAACUUUUCAGCUUGCCCGGUGUGAACACAUGGAGCCCAUCCCGGAUCUUAUCGAAGUUAUGUAUUAGAAUUACGUAUGAAAUAUAUAGCUCAGUGUCGAAGCCUGCGAUUUGCGGGCUGUGUGCGGGCUAACGCGCGCUUUGAAUACACAAUAAAGGAAAUAGCAACAUCGAUGAGUGCCUGGAAGCAUGCGUUCCAUAGGUUGCUAUGACAUUGACAAAUUAUCGACUUAAGUUUCCAUAAAUUUCUGCAAAAGAACGUCUUUCAGAAAUUACCUUUCUGAUUACAAACUUGUCAUCCGCAACUAAUUUGCAAAAUCAAAAAAAUUUGCGGUUUACUGGUAAGUUAAUUCAUAUAUUUUUGAAAUUUUCACGUCCGACCGAGCGACGGGCCGAUCACUGAUUUUGAAAUUUGAUUUAUAUGUUUUUAAAAUUUUAUAUGUGUAUUAUAUUCGAAUAUGCCAACAACUACAAUACUGUUUAAUAUUAAUAUUUUCCAAAUGAUUGUAGAGAUCUGUGGAGUGUGUAGUAGGAAAUAAUUAAGCAUUUCAGCAUGUCAUAACAACCUGUGGAACACAUCCCGACACAUCCAAACGUUCACUGCUGUGCGAUCAAUUGAAAUAUAUCUCCUCGUUAGCAACUAUUUGUAAGGUUUUGGCUAGACGAUAUGAAAGAACAGGCCCUAGUGGACCUUACAACAUAAUAAAACUCUAACCUUUUUUAUUUAACCACAAUGAUAUUGUGCUUUGAAUUUUGGGCUUCGAGGCAAUAUUAUUUUCUUUAUUGUGUAUUCAACACGCGCGUUAGCCCGCACACAGCCCGCAAGUCGCAGGUUUCAACACUGAGCUAUAUAUUUCAUACGUAAUUCUAAUACAUAACUUCGAUAAGACCCGGGAUGGGCCGGCUCCUGUGGUACCGGUGUGGAUGCACGCUCAGAGUAACAUCGCAACAUCAUAUACACCUGGGUACAUAACACCAACCCACAGAAAAUGAUUAGUUGAUUUUAUCAUCAUAUUGUUUUUCCACAGUUUGUUACUGGUUUGUGCGCUGUGAUAACUGAAAAUUGCACUGUGAUUACAACAAAUUGCACUGUGAUUACAACAACAUGCACUGCAGUUUGAGAUUAACUGCCAAGACAUGAACCAAUCACAGUCGAGUAAUAUUUUUAUGUAUAUUAUUAUACGAGAAGCAGGGAAAUCAAUUUGGCAUUACUUACGCCAAAAAACGAACAAUAUGAAAAAGGCUUUUGUCUAUUGGCGGACUUGGCUCAAGUCCGUCUCAGAAAAAAAAAUAUAGUGAGAGAAGGACUUGGGACAUUUGCAGCAUUUCGAAUGUUACUUUCAAAAAUUGGCGCGAAAAUUUGUUGUUGUUCUCAAAUCGCAAGCCACGCCUCCGCAGGAAAAAUGCGACGGUAUAAUUUGGCGCGCUUGCAGGGUAUACAAGUCCGUCUCUCCCUACUUUUCCCUCGUAUUUUGGCGCCCUAUUUGAUCGCUAGAGUGCAUCGCUAUUUUCAACCACUUGAGAGAUGGACUUGAACCAUGGUGAUGAGGUUUGGAAUAACCUUUCCACUGCAAUAAAAUAUACUAUAAUACUGGAAAUUUAUUUCCAGCUUUUGAAUUCAAAUUUUAAAACCAUUGAUAAUUUGAGUGAACAUCACGUUAUCCUUUUUCCCUUCUUCUUUAUUUCUCAUUAAAGGUGAUGUGAAGAAGAUAACAUUUAGUAUAACCAACUAUACUUUGUAUAUAGUCUUUGAUAAUUGUUUAAACUUAUAUUUGUAUUUGUAACCUUAAUUAUUACUGUAUGCAUGUAACUGUAAAUAAUUUCUGAAAAACCCUUAUUAAAUAUCUAUCUAGCUAUCUAUCUAUCUGUAAAAUCCGUAAUGUAAACAAACGCUUUGUUUACGUUUUCGACUAAGUGCUAGAGUUGUAAUGAUUAGAUAUAUUUUAUACUGAAUUUUUAACAAUUUUCUGCUUCGCUAUGCUUGUGAAUUAAUACAGACUAAAGAUUCAAUUCAAGAAAGUUCGGAAGGUGCGAAAUAUUAAGAACAUUCUGAUGGUCGGGACCCGACCAUUGCAUUGUAGGCCUGCGCAGAACGUAUGCGCACGACCGAUUUACAUCACCUUUAAUAUGUUUGUAAAUAAUUAAUCUUGUGAAAUAGUACUGGCCGUUUUUAAUAAAGUCAAUAAAGUAAAA